AUGGCGGAGAUAAUCACCUGCUUGAUGCGAUUGUCCAUGGCUAUUCGGAAUCCAGCACCCCGCGAUCAGUUUAGAGGAUCCGCGCAGAUUGAUAUGAGCUGUUAUGAGCCAUUCGAUAUCGAACACGUCCGCGGGAAGUACCCGCAAGCGGAGGAGUUCUUGAUCAUCCGACUUGGCAGGGCGAUAUCGCGCAGAAGGCAAUAUCUUCGAUACCGCGAUGAACACCGCAAGAAGCUUGGUCGUGGAUUAGAAGAGCACGCUCUUGUUGACAACACCGCCCGGACGAUUGCGCCGUCAGAAAAUAUACAAAGUACAACGAAGAAGACUACGCAGAGGAUACACUAUCGCAGACGUCUUACGCUUAACGAUCCCUCUAAGUUGCGACCUCCACCUCUUCCGGAACAAGGCUACCACGGUCAACCCUUCGAAUGCCCUCUCUGCUUUCGCCUCGUUUUCAUUCAGGGUACAUCAGUUUGGCAGAAGCACGUCUACGAGGACUUACGCCCUUAUGUCUGCACAUUCGAGAACUGCAAGCUCCCAGAUUGCUCUUACGAGUCACGGCACGCCUGGUUCAACCACGAACUUCAAGCACAUCGGAAACUGUGGCAAUGCAUCGACGGCUGCGAUCAAACCUUCCACUCGUAUCACGAUAUCCGUGAGCAUCUGCACAACACCCACGCUAACCACGCAGAUGAUAGUCGACUUAGUGAUAUUAUCCGCACUUGCGAGAGGACUCUAGGGAUGGGCAUGGCCGGCUCAUGCCCACUGUGCCAGCAGAGGCUCCCUUCACUGACGCAACUUCGGCGCCACAUAGGAAAGCAUUUGGAGGAGCUGGCAUUGUUUGCUUUGCCGUCCCACGUAGCAGAUGACCAGAGCGAGAGCGACGAUUACGAAAGCACUGAGUCGCGCUCGCUUUUAAGUAAUCGGAGCAUCGGUCAGUCUCCCGAACCAAACCUUGAUAGAGGUGACAAUAACAGGGACGGGUUUCUUAUUCUAGACGAGAAUCCACCUACACGGUCUUCCAAAGAACCGACAUCUGAGCCCAGCGACGAACCUAGCUCUGCAACAAGCCCUGAUGCCGGCGACGCUGAUACUAGCGCAAAGCUGUACUUCAAUGAUGGUUUUGGUCGAAAAUUCCAUUUCCCCUGGCACCUAGUCAAGACUUGGGAGGGCAUGGACAAGCUUAUCAAGGACAUGUUCAUUGGCGCCGAGUUAAUCGGUCCCCAUGUUGGUGAGGGGAAAUAUAUCCUUUUCGAUGAUCGGGAUAGGCGUAUUCAGCAAACGGAGUGGAAGCAGAUGGUUCACCCAGGAAGCUCUGUUACGAUGCGGCUGCGGGACAUUGACGCCUGGUCGAGACUGCCCCCACCAUCGCCGCCGCCGCCGCCGGGACCUUGGAGCAGGCCACAGUGGUCAAAAAUGGUGCGUUUCAAACGUGAGCUGCCUUACUCACCAUUUCCAGAGUUGAUAUGUCCCGAAUGCUUCAGAUAUUUCGACCCCUUGGUGCUAGACUGUGGCCGUCAUUCGGAGUGCGCUGUGUGUUUUCGAUUUAGCGGAAAAGUAUCACCCUCGUGUGAAAAGUGCAAGAACAACCGUCACGACGAACAAAUUUCCCCUCAAUUGCGCUCCGCAGAGAAUCCAGAACGCAAACCCGACGAAGCCCAACCCCUGUUUCCUUCGAACCACUCACCCCAACCCAAAAAAGUAACCCAGCGACGCCUGGAAUAUUAUGGCUUCGAGGGGCUCCGCAAUCUAUGCGAGAAGCGCUUCGGGCCCGACAAUUACAGGAUAUGGGGCACAGGCGACAUGAUAGUCUGGAAGUUCCAUCCUCCAUCUCAGAAAAGGAGGUUGUCGAGAUGAUUAAUAGGCCAUGGAAAGAUACAUAAGAUAUAUAGAUAUAGGUUUAAAGUGGUUGGUAUGUCAGUAAAGAUUUCAAGUCGAGAUCUGCGAAGGAGGCGCAGUUCAGGCGACGGCUGCGGAUUACUUUCGGAACCUACAUUAAGGAGGAUAUUUGUACUCAAAGACGAUUUCUUUGGCCGCGAGUGAAAGAAGGAGGUGGUAGGUACACAUUGGCAAAAGCUUUUCCCAUCCCGCAUAGCUGGGCUGGCUUUGCUGCUAGUACCACUAUUGCGGACAUAGCCC